CGUUCAUAGUGAUAAAGUGUAGAUCGAAUAAUAGGUGCUAAAAAAUGUUCAGUGACAGAAUUAAACAGAAUAUAGUGUCUCAAUUACUUGUCACCGCCACUAUAUUAUCAUCUGGUGCAAUUCUAAAUGUCGUUCAAUUACUUUUGCACAUUUUUGUGAGACCAUUCAGCAAGAAAAUAUUCAAUCGGCUGAUGUAUUAUGUUAUAUGGACUUGGCUUGCUCAAUGCGUAUUUAUAUACGAAUACUGGUCAGAUUCAGAACUAGUUGUGCAUUGUAAAAAAGAAGACUACGAGUUCUUUGGACAUGAGAACAAUUUAGCAAUUUUUAAUCACAUUUACGAGAUUGAUUGGCUGAUAGCUUGGAUUUUAAUCAAUAGAUUUAGAGGCUUAGGUUAUGCACGAGGAUUUGUAAAAAAUACAAUUAAAUUCAUUCCAAUUUGGGGAUGGUUCUUUGGACUUGCUGGACAUAUUUUCUUAAGGAGAUCAUUCGAAAAGGAUAAGGAACUAAUUGAAGAUAAAAUAUCUGAAUAUAUGACAUGCACUGACAAUACAUGGAUAGUUUUAAUGGCUGAAGGAACUAGAUUUACUAAAGAAAAAUAUCAGCAGUGCUUGAAAUUUGCAGAGGAAAAAAAUAUUGUGCCAUUAAAACAUCACUUAAUUCCCCGAUCCAAAGGCUUUUCAACAUGCAUACCAAUUUUAAGAAAAUACAAUUGUCCAGCUGUUUAUAACGUUCAAGUAUCAUUUGAUAAAAGAGCUGAAAAUCCACCAUUUUUAUCAAGCUUAGUAUUAGGAAAGAAAAUAACUGCCCACGUGUAUAUCAAUCGCAUUCCAAUGGAAAAUGUUGAACCAACAUUUGAAUUUCUGUAUGAUAUUUUCAAAGAAAAAGAUGAACUCCAGGAUAGUUUCGAUAAACAUGGUAACUUCUAUGAAGGCAGAGGACUAAAAGUUGAUGAUGGUUUUAAUGAAAAGCCACGAACCUGCUUGCUAGUCAAUACUUUUUGCUGGGUUUUACUAGAAACACUUUUUAUUUUAUAUCAAGCAUACAAAAUGAUAGAGGCUGAUCGAAUUCAGAUGCUAGUGGUUAUUGGCAUUGCCACUAUUAGUAUUUUUUACAUCAUGUUAAAGAACAUGCUGCAUUUAUCAAAGGUUGAAAAUAGUUCACGCUAUGGCAAAGCACAAUAAGCAUCAAUCUAGUUAACUACAAAUUCAAAGCAAAACAAUAAAUUACCAAAGCUUUCUUUACAUUCUGCUGAGUGAUUAAUUAUUAUUAUUAAAUUUAUUACUACUAAUUAAG